AUGAUGCAGGAACCGAGCUCACUUUUACUGGAGGCGUUGUCCUCCUUGUCUGUCGAGCAUGGGUCGCGCAAUCGUUUUACAGCGAAGAUCUCGAGGGAUUGGACGACGCAGCUCGCUGUGCUGGGAGGUUUUCUCAAUGCGUUGAUGCUCUCUGCGACUCAGAAAUACCUAGAACUCGAAUUUGGGCCUGGACGAUAUCCCCAUCCCAUUCAUGUCUUCGUGCAAUUCCUUAAUAUGGUCCCGGCCGAGUCGGUGGUCAUUACAUGUCAUACUCUGCGUACUUCGUCUCGACAAUGCGUGGUGAGGGUCGAAUUAUCCCGGGGCACGGAGUCUCAAUCGCCCACCACAGUGGCCAUCGUCACCUACGGCGACCUCUUCAAGGAAAAGGGCGUCUCGCAGCAUACCAAGCCCGUUAUCACGACCCUCCCGAACAGACACACAGAAUGCGUCCCUAUCGAUGACCCCGUGGUCGAUGCGACCCCAGUAACACGACAACUGCACUGGAUCGCCCCCAACGCCAACAAUCUCUGGGGUCACCGGCUGGGAGGUCAUCAUCGAGAAGUCUGGUUGUCACCAAGGGACGGAUCGAAGAUGUCUAGUGUUUUUCACCUGGCAGUCUUGGCAGACAUGCCGCUGCAACCUCCCGCCACGCAUGAGCUAGGGUUCUACACGCGAUACGCACUGUCCACGCUCUGCUUGUCAGUCGAGUUCAAGAAGAUACCACAUCCUGAUACGAGGUGGGUGAUGACGCGAUCGCAUUCGAGUAAGGUGUCCAACGGCCGGUAUGAUGUGAAUGUGCAGAUAUUCGACGAGUCUGGUGAGCUGUUGGCUUUGAGCAACCAUGUGGUAUAUAUUGUUCCUCUUCGACCUCCGCCUAAGCCAAAGGCUUCGAAGAUGUGA